GCUCUGCAGCCCUACGUGUCCCUACCAGGAGCAACUGGCUGGAGUCGGGAACAAAUUCCUCAAGAGGCAGCUCCUCCAGCCAUGCAGCAGUUCCCCUGCUCAGUGCUUGCUCUUAUCACAUGCUGCUAGAAGGGUCACGUGAAGAGGCGGGGAGUCAGCUCUGCAGAGCCUUGGUGGGUUUGCGGUGCUGCUGGUGGGCUACUGGGAGCUUCUGCCUCUGAUGGCUUUUGUAACUGCGAAUCUGAUCCAAAAGUUCCACGAGGAUGGCUUCCUUGUGCUGGAGCAUUUCUUCACAGCGGAGGAGUGUGACAGCAUGAGGAAUCAGAUUCAGAGAGUUAUAGCCGAGAUGGAAGUGCCGCCGCACUGCCGCACGGAGUUCUCCACCAAAGAGAAGGAGCAGCUCCAGGCGCAGGGUAGCUCAGAUUAUUUCCUAACCAGUGGAGACAAGAUUAGAUUCUUCUUUGAGAAAGGCAUUUUGGAUGAGAAAGGUAACUUUCUCAUUCCAAAGGAGAAAUCUAUCAGCAAGAUUGGCCAUGCUUUACAUGCUUAUGAUCCAGUCUUCAAGCAAAUCACUCACUCCACCAAGGUGCAGGAUCUGGCAAGAAAACUAGGCCUUGAGAGACCAGUAAUUGUGCAAAGCAUGUAUAUCUUCAAGCAACCUGGCAUUGGUGGUGAAGUGACUCCACACCAGGAUGCCACAUUUCUAUACACAGAGCCCCUAGGCAGGGUCCUGGGCUUCUGGAUUGCACUGGAGGAUGCCAUGCAGGAGAAUGGCUGCUUAUGGUUCAUUCCUGGCUCUCACACCAGCGGUAUUACCCGGAGAAUGGUCCGUGCCCCACCAGGUACCUCAACACGUGUGCAGUUUGUAGGGUCAGAGCUGACCUAUGACGACAACCAAUUCAUACCUGUGCCUAUAAGUAAAGGUGGGCUUAUUCUUAUCCAUGGUGAAGUUGUCCAUAAGAGUGAACUGAACAGGUCAGAAUUUUCUCGCCAUGCCUUCACCUUCCAUGUGAUGGAAGCCAAAGACACCAGCUGGAGCAAAGAGAACUGGCUGCAGCCAACUCCUGAACUGCCUUUUCCAUCACUCUACACCUGAAACUAGUGUUUCUGGAGUCAAAUAUUUGAUCAAUAUUCCUUUCUAAUCACUUGUUCCUGUCCCCUUAAACUAUAACUUUCUGUAGAUCAGCUCUCAAGACUCAUUUUAUCCUCUGCUCAGAAAGAGGCAUCUUCAGACAGCUGAAUAAGCCACAUUAGACAGCAUGAGCCCUACUAGCACUGACAAUAGUCUCCCAGUUCUUUUGGUAAAGAAACUUCUUCAGUCUGGAGAACAGACCUGUAAAGACCAUUGCACCUUGACUGUGGGACCAGUUAAGAAGAAAUACUUCUUGAAGACACUUAGUAUUUUCUUCUAGUUUAGUUUAGUCCGGAGCUUAUGUCUUGUGUGUACUUGGUCGAGUUUAUCCCAGCUACACAGGUGAAUCUAUAUUGUGAAGCUAGCUGACCUUUAGCCCUAGAUCUGUCUUGCUGCUUGAAUAAUGCUAACUAAAAACAAUCCUAUUGUAGGCAAAAUGCAGCAGGGAGUCUACUUGCAUAAUCAUUCUUCUGACUACUUCUGGCAAAUUGCACUGAGCGUUUGAUCUCUACCUUGUUAAUUAAAAAUAUUACAGAUCUUAAGGAUUCAUGCUGAAGUUCUGAAGACAAAUUCAGGAACUCAUAACAUUUAAAUAAAAGAAAUGGAAAUCCUCA